ACCGCUUGCGCCGCGUUCAGUCUGUAGAAAGCCAUCGACCGGUCAAGCGUCUAGUCCCCGCAAGUCUCGUUCCGCUCAGAAUUUCUCUUGUAAAACAGCUCCGUGGUGUGAGUGAAAUUUGUUGGAAGCUUCUGCUUUGUGUCGCGUACUGCCAAAUCGAAAUUCGGAAGUAAAUCCGCUUUUCUUGCCUCUCGAAAAGAUAGGAAAUUGGGUCUGAAGUUCCAGCGAAAAUCUGCGACUUCGGUAUCGAUUUUUGUGUCCGGUUUCUCGAGUGUGUGAUAGUGUUGAACGGAUUUUUCCCCGUGAGUGCGUUAGCAGCCAAGCAAGCAAGAAAAAAAGAUGGCAGCCGUUAGUUUCGACGAGAAAGUCCUUGCCGCAAAGAAAAUCAUUUGCGACAUUGAGGGUACCACCUCUUCCAUCAGUUUCGUAAAGGACGUUCUGUUCCCUUACGCGCUGAAGCACGUCGAAGAAUACCUCAAGAGCCACUGGAGCGAGGAUGCGACCAAAACGGUUGUUGCCGCUCUGCGCGAACAAGCCGACGAGGACAAGAAAGCCGAGGUCGAAGGCGUUGUGACCAUCCCAGCUGAGGAUUCCGAAGACAUCAUCCCAGACGUUGUCAAGAACGUCGAAUGGCAAAUGUCCCAGGACCGUAAGACCGGUGCACUGAAAACUCUGCAGGGUCUGGUCUGGGCUCAGGGCUACAAAGAUGGAACCAUCAAGGGACACGUUUACGAAGAUGUCAAGAAAGCCUUGGAACAGUGGAACGAGAGUGGUCGCAAAGUCUACAUCUACUCGAGCGGAAGCGUCGAUGCACAGAAAAUGCUCUUCGAGCACAGCGAACAGGGUGAUCUGGUCAAAUACCUUGCUGGAUACUACGAUACCAAGAUCGGCGCCAAGCAAGAGAAGAACAGCUAUGAAGCUCUCCUAAAGAACAUCGAGGCCACCGGCGAGGAAGCUCUCUUUUUGACCGACGUUGUAGCCGAGGCUAAAGCCGCCAAGGAAGCUGGCUUGAAUGUGGUGGUCCUGGACAGACCCGGCAAUGCCGAGCUGUCCGAGGAAGACCGCAAAGAAUUCACCGUAAUCUCAUCCUUCACCGAUCUGCCACUCGAAUCGGCCAAAUCCGCCGAAACCGAAAACGGCGCCGAAAAGGAGGAAAAGGCAACCGAAUCGACGGAGAAGGUUGACGCCGAAACGGAAAAGGAAGCCGUUGAAACCGAAACCGCCGCCGCUGCCGAAACCGAAAAUGGUGCUGAAGCGGAAAACGGUGCCAGCAAGCGCAAAAUUGACGAAACUGCCCAAGACGACGAAGCUCAGCGUCCCUCAAAGGUCGUCAAGGUUGACCAAAAUGGAGACAAUACAGUCGUUGAUGAUAGCGCUAAGCAAAAUGGUGAUGCAGAGGUCGCGAAACCCACUUCUACUGAUGCUGUUGCGGAAACCAAUGGUGCCAAACCAACCGACGGUGAACAGGCAACGAUGGACGUUGAUGCCGAAAUGACGGAUGUCCAAUCAACAACGUCGUCUACCGCUGCAGUUGAAACCGAAACUGAGAAAGUAACCGAAAAGACUGAAUCUGAAGAAUCUCCCAAGGAGAAGGAAGCUGAAAAAAAAGAAGCGGAAGUGGAAGCCAGUAAAACUGACAAGAAACAGGAUGACAAGCAGCCGGAAGAACCGGUAGCGAAGGGUGGAGAUGAUGAUAAAAAGGGGGACGAAGCGGAGAAAAAGGCGGCGAAGAACGUUAAGGUAGAAGAGGAUAAGAGCACGGAGGAAGAAGCGGCUCCACCACCAAAGAAGGCCAAAAUCGAAGAGGAUAAAAUGGACGUAGAUGAGGAGGACAGCGCUGCGGUGGUUGAAAAGAAGGAAGAGAGUACAGUAGAGAAGACUGCCGAAUCCACCACCGAGAAGGAUGCCGCCAAGGAGGAGGAUAAACCAGUGGAAAAAUCUGAUGAAACUGCCAAAACCGAAGUAACCUCAACGGAAACUGUAGAUAAAGAUGCACCCAAGGAAGUACCGGCGGAAGUUGCCGAAGAAGAGCCCGUAACAAGCACCAGCAAGACUGAAACAGAAGAAUCUGCCGAUACUGCACAAACCACAAAAACGGAACAAGCAGUGGAAAAGCCAACUGAGGAGAAGACUGCUGAUCCCAAGGAGGAAGCCAUGAAAGAGGAAACUGUUAGCGAAUCGAGUGAAAAGAAGGUGGAAGACAAGGCUGCUAACGAAGAGGAGACACAAAAGGAACCAAAAGAAUCUGUAACUGAAGAAAAGGCUACGAUCGAAAACGAGAAUAAAAUGGAUGAGGUAGACAACAAGGAUACAGAAACUGCACAAACAAAUGACGCACCUGCUCCAAAAGCCGAUACAGAUGUGGUCAAGGUUGGCGACGAUCAGAAAGAAGAACCCUCCAAAUUAGAAGAUGACAAAAUUAAGGAAACUGCUGAGAAAACCGAAGCGGAAGAUAAAACGGAAGCCUCAUCGUCCAAUGAUUCGAAACCAGACGCAAAACAGGUCGAAACAAAAGAAGAAAUUGUAGAUAAGAAGGAUACUGCGGAAACCAAGACGGCGGCCGAGGAAGUCAAAGAAACUGAGGAUGUGAAGGCGCCAGAACAGACUAAGGCAGCAGAGGAACCAAAGGUGGCGGAAGAAGAGCCCAAAGCGACGGACGAACCAAUGGUGGCGGAAGAGUCCAAGGCCGCAGAGGAAGCCACGACAACGGAAGAAUCCAAAACGACAGAAGAAACGAAAACUACAGAAGAAGAUAAUCCAGCAGUAGACACGAAAGCCGCCGAGGAAGUCAGUGCAAAGGAAGAUGACAAAAAAGCGGAAAAGGUUCAGGCAAAGGAAGAUGUCAAAGAAACGGUGGAAGUCAAGACAAAGGAAGAGGCCAAGGAAGCAGUAGAAGUCAAGACAAAGGAAGAGACCAAGGAAACGGUGGAAGUCAAGACAGUGGAAGAGGCCAAGGAAGUGGUAGAAGUCAAGUCGAAGGAAGAGACCAAGGAAACGGUUGAAGUCAAGGCAAAGGAAGAGACCAAGGAAACGGUAGAAGUCAAGGCAAAGGAAGAGGCCAAGGAAACGGUGGAAGUCAAGGCAAAAGAAGAGACCAAGGAAACGGUGGAAGUCAAGACAACGGAAAAAGUGGAAGAAACGAAAGAAGUUAAAACAUCAGAAGAAGGUCAAGCAGUAGAAGAGUCAAAGCCAACUGAUGUAACAAUGGUGGCUGAGGAAGAAAAAGUGGCGGAGGAAGCAAAGACGGUGGAAAAGAUCGAAGAAACGAAAGAGGUGAAGACUGAAGAAACACAAAAGAUGGACACAGAUAAGCCAGUAGAAACUGAUGUUGCUAAUUCGGAAACUACUGCAGCGGUGGAAGAAAAACCAGAAGAGAAAAUGGAUACAUCGGAUGACGUUUCCGAAACUAAAGGCAUCGAAGCAACUACGGCUGGUCCGGUUGAAGAAGUUGCUGUCGAAGCUAAGAAGGAAGACGUUGCUAUGGAAGCUGAAUCAACCGAUGCGGCAAAGGAGGAAACCAAAACAGAAGAACCCAAAUCAAAAGUAGAUAAGCCAGAGACGGAAGCCAUGGAAGUUGAUUCUGCAUCCGCCAGUGAAUCCGAAGCCAAGACUGAAUCAAAAACGCCAGAAGAAACCGCCGCACCGAAAGAAAGCAAAGCAGAAUCAGAUGAAGUGUCGACCACGAGCACAGAUGAAGUGAAAGAAAACGGUACGUCCGAAAAAGUGAACGGCAAGGAAGAACCGCGCGUUCCAGAAAAUGGCGAAGCAGAAUCCAAAGUGACAACGAAUGGAGAUCACGACGAAAAGGCCGACAGCGACAAGGAAAAUGACACAUCCGCCAGUAAUAUCGAAGAAGCGAGUUCAGCAUCCACCACCACCACUACUAACGGCACUAGCGCUGAGAGCGAUAGCAGUACGACCGCCGCCUCCUCCGAUGUAGUAGCGGAAAUCAAAUCAAAGAAGGCGGUCGACACAGUAGCGGACUCAGCGACGCCUCCGGUUGAAACCGAAUCGUAAAUCCUUUGAUUUUCUAGAUUGUAGACUUCUUCGGUUGAUAAGUAGGUAAAAAGUGGACAUCGAUGCUCCUUAAAACGAGCAGAAGACCACGUUCAACAUGCUUAAGAAUUUUUAUAUAAAUAUUUAUAUUAGCAGGACAAAGGACAAAACUAAAACUUCUCUCAAAUGCUGCUACAAAGAUUCGAUUUCGUUUCCGUUGUCUCAUAUCCAAAUAGUCAAGGAAACGAUCGAAUGUAACGAACAAAGUGAACAUCUAUUAAAUGUCAUAAAAGAGAAAAUUUAGACUUGUAUUGCCGUAUACUUACACUCGGAAGAUAUGCAUCUCUCUCAACACAGUAGGCGUUAAGAAUCUAAUCAAAGCAGUCUUAGUUUUUGACUUCAUGUGAGAUACAAACAAGGUGUGACUUUCUAGUUGUGAUGUUGUUUUAAUAUUGAAAGUGACGUUUUUUGUAAUUGACCCAUUUUUACCAAAUAAAAAAUGCAUUUGCUAACUAAGACUACAUUGGAAGCGUUCUAACGAGCAUACAAAGAAUGUGAUUGAUUGUUUUACACGAUUCGGCUGGAACCGACUUUCCGAGAGCGCAAAGAAACACAUCACUGCAUUUAUUAUGUCUUCCCACGGAACGGAGCACAAGGCACACAAAUAAGACUAACCAGAAACAUAGUUCCUCAACAACUAGUAAUAGAAACUAACGGAGUAGUAGUUAGUACUUGAAAAUAAGGAAGACGAGUCACCAUGCAACCGAUCGUGUUUAUCAGUUUGAAUCAGUAUCCUUGUAUGCUCACAUUCUGAGUCCAUGCAACCAAUCACAUCCAACGGAUAGACUGCCAAUCAAUUAUUGUUAGUUCAACAUGUUAUAAUUUGGAACUUCCUUCCGCAUGCUGCGAAAAUCUCAACAUGAAUAAAAAAAUAAACAGUUCAGUAUUAUCUUGUCGCUUCCUCUGACACAAAACUGGCUGCUGUUAAACUAAAGGUGAUUUUUUUUUCAAGCGUGAGAUAAAUUUAAAUGCGUCAGAUGUAAAACUUUUGAAUGCACUAAUUUCUUAUCGUUCUUCAUUUUCCAAUGUUUUCAAUAUUAUGUUAGAAAUAUGUUACAAUGGAGAGGAAAUGCGAUAUAAUCGAAUCUCACGUAAGUAUCGAACCACGUGAUUACAUUGGAAACAUUAUUGUAUGUCUGUGGAGUAAGAAGCCUGAAUGUUUUCCAUCUGAAACAACAGAAAAAUAAAAUUACGAAAUCAACUUUGUUCGAAGUUGUGUGUCAAUGGUAAAACAGAAAAACUAAAGAUAUUCAAAUAAAAGAGAAAGAUUACAUGCAGAAUAACGUAAGGACGGAAAUAAACUAACCAACAAUAUUUUAGGAAUUAUUUAAA